AUGGCCCUGCACAACCCCCUCCGUCGCACAGCGGCCACAAUAACCAAUUCGACGACGACGAGCAUGCUCCUCUCCUCAACCCCGCAGACGACGGGCCCCUCCACAGCAGCAGCAACAUUCAUCUGCUCGCAAUGCCGCCACGCCACGCUCCUGCGGCGCCCGAAGCGGCCCUACACCUUCACGCAGCUGAUCACGCUCUCGGACGGUAGCACCUUCACGCACCGCACGACCUCGCCGGCCCCCGUGUACCGCACCACGCGCGACACGCGCAACUCGCUGCAGUGGAACCCGUCCAGCAACAAGCUGCGCGGCCUCGAGGACGACGAGGCCGGGCGCCUGGCGGCGUUCCGUGCGCGUUUCGGCCGCAGCUGGGAUGCUGCUGCCGCUCCUCCUUCUGCUAUUGCUGCUGACCCUAAGGAUCCGGUGGCCCAGAAGGCUGCGGAGGAGGCGGCCAAGGCUCAGGAGCAGGCGGCGCAGGAGGAAGAGGAUAAUUUGUUGGAUUUGAUUAGCUCGUUUGGGCAGGAGGAGGCUAGUUCGGGGAAAAAGAAGAAGGAUUGA